AAACAUGUAUUCGAUAUUUUUAGAUCAACUUCCUCCGAUCGUAUUUAAAACUAGACAAUGUCUCGAAUAGUUGUUGUAACACUGUUCAUAGCAUUGUUAUUCUGUGGUCACGUGCGGUCACAGUUGACUGUGGUUGACCCUCCAAUUAUGCAGAUUGCAACGGGUGGAGACAACAACGGGAAGUCUAACAUGAAAUAUGACGUAAAAAUACGGAAAUAUACUGUCGUUCGAGUCCCUGAAACGCCGCCCUCGACAACAACGGAAAUAUCGACAACCACAACAACACCACCUCCGGAUUUAGAUGUGAACCAUAUUGAAGUUCAGACUCGCUCGACUUUUGAAGAAAAUUUGCUUGAAGAAGAUCACGACUGCGCUUUUACUUUCACUCUGCCGAAUCCUCGACCCAGUAAUCAACAAGUUUGCGUAAGAGACGUCCGUGCCUUGAUGACGUCAUAUCCAGAAGAACGACGCAGUGGCGACGAAGAAGCUUUGAAUACGUUACGGAAUGAAAUCUCUCUAUGGCAAGAAUCCAUGGGGGAUCUCAAAACCCAGAUCGAAGAAAGAUUAGCAGUACCAUCCUUGGAACCAGUGCGAAAUGAUGUUCGUUUACUCCAGAAAGAAUCUCGAAAUAUGAAUUUCAGGAUUUCUCAACUUUACAUGCAGUUGUUGCAUGAAAUCAUUAGAAAACGCGACGAUACGAUUGAGUAUACUUCGGUUGAAAAUAGCGUCAUGAAUGUGACGAUCAAGUAUUACGAAUUAAAGGAGAAACACGAAGCAUUGGUCACCGACCACAAAGCAUUGAAGCAACAAUCUCAAUCACAACAAGAACAGAUUAAGAUUCUUCAAACAAAAAUGGAGGAGAUGGUUCACAGAAUGAAUAGAAUGGCAGUAGAUAUACAACUUAUGGGAAUAGACGACGAAAAGGAUGAAGUUAAUGAUACAGCUAAUUCUUCAUUAUCAGAAUCUCGAUCUUCCUACACGAACUGCGUGGAUAUUCAACUUUACGCGAGCAAAGAAAGUGGAAUAUACAUCUUAACUCUUCCAUCGCUGAGUAGAAAAAUGAAAGUCUGGUGCGAUUUUGAACAGGACCCAGGCGGCUGGACAGUGAUUCAACGAAGAUCAGAAGGAAAAGUGAAUUUCUAUCGAAACUUUGCGAGUUAUCAAAGAGGAUUUGGAUCAUUGGAAGGAGAAUUUUGGCUUGGCUUAGAGAACAUUCAUCAUCUCACGAAUCAACCAGGAGUAAACUACAAACUUCAUAUCGAUAUGGAAGAUUGGAGCGGCAGAAAAACAUUUGUUGAAUACGGGAGUUUUAAAUUAGAAGGACAGGACGAGGGUUACAGACUGAAAGUUGCGCAUUACAGUGGAACUGCAGGAGACUCACUGACGUGGCAUAACAACAUGAAAUUCACAACGAAGAACGUUGAUAACGACCCGUUCGCGAGAAAUUGUGCGAAUUACCAGAAAGGAGGAUGGUGGUACAAUACAUGUGCUCAUUCUAACCUCAAUGGAGUCUACUAUAUGGGUGGACAUUACCGGAGUAAGUUCCAAGAUGGAAUCUAUUGGUCAGAAUGGAGGGGCGGGUCUUAUUCACUGAAGCAUGUCGAGAUGAAGAUAAAACCAUCAGAAUAGAAAAAAUCGAGUUUGAAAUUGCGAGCUCGAACAUUUUUGAUGGUUUUAAAGAUGCAGUGCUGAUAUUUGUACAAAUCGCCCAAUCUGUCUCUUAGUACCUCCUCACGUAUCACUGGAUGGAUGUACUGAGUCUUGUUCAGAGCGGAAAUAUGAAAAUGCCUCAAAAGAAGCAAAUUAGUAUCGACGAUGACGUUAUCGAGGACAUUGUUUAUCAUAAAGUUUUUCUCUUUGGUCACGUGACCGUUGUUUGAUCGUUCGACGUAGACAUUUAUUGAAGAAAACUUUUAUAUGGAGUAAAAAAAACACAGCUAAAUUUCAAAAAUUUGUGGAUGUUUAAAUUUGCUACUACUCGGAUUAUAUUUGCUACUAAAAAGUAUUAAACUAAUACAAUAAUUGCUGGAGAAUCGGAAGAAAAAUUAAAACGCAUAUGAAUUGUCUGUAUAUUGCGAAAUUUGAUGAUUAUUUUGAGAAUGCUUUAUUUAUAAUUUCCCUCGUUUCAGAAUCGUUUUUGAUUGCUAAAGCCAAACAAACUUUUUCUAAAUUUUCUUUCUUUAUACGUGGCGUUAUACUUAAAAUCGUUGAAACUCAUCUAAAACUCCCAAACGAGACUGUGAAUACACAAAUCAGUAUAUCAUUACCGACAGAAAGGGUUAACCACUUUCCCAAAAUCAGUACCCCCUCUCCUCCCGCUCUUUUUUAAUUGUGAAUAAAUAAAUAAAUUUUGUAUCAUACAUAGCAACUUUUCAGACCACCUUCUACAUUUCCACUUCCUGGCUACGCCCCUGGACUCGAUUAACCCGUGACUUGACUUACAAUUACUUACAAUUUUCGGGGCUCCCGAACCAAGAUGCGAACCAAGAUGGCGGACAUCGCAAUGUAGUAUGUGUACUAGGUUAGGGUUAGGCCAUAAUUUUAGGUAUAAAUACUACGGGAGGCUCUUGGC